AUAGUUUUCUCAUAUCUAUUGUUUCUGAUAUUGGUAACUGGAUUGGAUUCUCAUUCAUGCUUUUGCCUUCUCAUUUAUAAUGUUUCUCAUCUCUAAUGCUUUUGUUUUUGUCUUCUCUCUGUGCUUGUUCUACUUUGUUUGGUUUUUAUUUUUUUGAUAGGAUAUAUCUGUGGGAGAGGAAAAUGUGGAGGAUGAUGAUGGGGUAUUUGGCCAUGAAGACUGAUCCGGCCACGGCCGAAUUGAUCAAUUCCGACAUCAAUGAGCUCAAGAUCGCUGCUAGUGGGAUUAAUUCCAUUCUUGGAAAGAGGAAGUGGGGAUAUAUUGGAAGAAAGGAAGAAACCCUUUGUCUUUUGAGCAAUCAGUAUUGUGAUAAUGGCAAAGAUGAGAGGUGUUUGACGAAUUUCCAAUUCAGAACAGUGACAAAUCGAGUAUACUUUAGAGAUAGUGACUAAGGAAGCUUCAGCC